AUGAGACAGGUCAAGAGGGACUUUAAGAUACUCUUUGAAGAAUACAAGUCUUUUCAUUCAAUUAAUGAGGAGGUGGCAAGUUCAUCUAGUAGUGUUGUAGUUGAGAACUCAGUUAUUGCUCCAAAUGGUGGUCGACUUGCUACUCUUCAGUCAAGGAAGAAAAGGCACAAGAAGAACCAAUCAGCUACUGAGGCAACAAUAACAGAGUUGGAUAUGUACUUAAUGGAAGUGUUUGAUGAGUCUGAAUCUGAUGGGAAUAAUACAGCUUUUAGCACUGGAAAGCGUGUGCUUAGUCCAUGGAGAAGUUCUUUAUCUCCAAGAACGGUCAAGGCUUUGCUCUGUUGUCAAAGCUGGUUAAGCAAACCCAUUGAUCUUGAUCUUUUAGAUGAUUAUGUACCAGAUGAUAACUCCAAGGAUGAGGAAGAGAUUGCUGGUUAUCUGCGCCUGUUACAUCUUGGGUGUGGUUCAACUGUCAGAGGUCUUGGAUGCUUGAUGCUUGGAGAUGGAUAUGCAUAUAUGCUACAGAGAAAAGCAAAAAGGAAAAGAAGAGCAGAAUCUGAUAGUGAAGAUUCAGAAAAAGUGUAUCAUAAUGAGCCAUGGAAACCUGUGUGUGGUAUAGAUGAAGAAGAACCAGAUUUUGAUGCAGAAGAAGAACAAUACCACGAGGCAUUCAGUGCAGUUGCAAAUUUUGGCCAAUCGUAUAGAGUUCCAUCAGCUUAUAAGUUGUCGAAUCCCAUAUUAAUUUCAGAAAAACAAAGGAUUCAAAAAUAUGUGGUGUCUGUCCAACGACAUUACUGUAGAGAAUACGGUUGUACACUCAUGUCUCAUGGUUGGAAAAGCAAAAACAACCGUGCGAUUGUAAACUUUCUAGUUUACAGUGGUAGUGGAAUUAUGUUUUUGAAAAGUGUCGAUAUAGAACAUAAUCGGUUGAAAACAGAGUAUUUAAUUACUUUGUUCAAUCCCGUUAUAGAUGAAGUCGGUCCGAGAAAUAUUGUUCAAUUAGUAACAGAUCAAGGAUCUCAAUUCAGAGCUGCAGGUAAGAGAUUGGCAUCAGAAUAUGACACAUUUUUCUGGUUCCUUGUGCUGCUCACAUUUCGACAACAUACAGCAGGACGCAAUCUAUUGCGCCCUGGCUUAACAAGGUUUUCAACGAAUUUUAUUGCAAUCAAAAGCAUCAUUGAUCAACGUAAUGCUAUCGAGAGCCUAUUUCUGGACAAGGAAUUUCUAAAAUCGGAUGAGGCAAAAACUAAACAAGCUAGACAAGUGAAGAAUAUUAUUUCAAAUGAGAUGUUAUGGACGACGUGUCAAAAUGUAUGCAUAAUGGUUGAUCGUUUAUUGAAAAUGAUUCGUUUCUUGGACUCAGACAAACCCACCAUGGGAUAUUUGUUCCAUGCACUUGCUACAUGUGUGGAAACUAUACAAAUGGGUUUGGGAUCAAAUCAAAAUGCUUCUAUCAUGGGUGUAAUAAAGAAACGAUGGAAAAGUCAGUUGAGUUCUCCUCUUCAUGCUGCAUCGUAUUUUCUCAAUCCUUAUUACAUCUUUAGCCCAACAACUAAUCUCAUCAAUAAUGAAAUUUAUGAGUCGCAAAUUUGUCUUACUGGAGUUAUAUCAAAAAUGGAAGGAAGAAUGCGGAUGAUGCAAGGUCAAUUUGCAUCACUAUCAACACGUAUUGCAGCUCAACAUGGUGAUCCUGUAAGUUGGUGGUUAUGUUAUGGUGCUGAGUAUCCAUGCCUCCAAAAGAUUGCAGUAAAGAUAUUAAGUCAAACAAAUACAUCGUCUGGAUCAGAGAGGAAUUGGAGUGUGUUUGAAAGAAUCCACACCAAACUACGCAAUCGUUUACUUUCAUCGAGAUUAAAUGAUCUGGUGUAUGUCCAAUACAAUUUGAAGUUGGAGCAACAAAGAAUUAAAGGUAAAGCAAGGAGACAUAACAUUGAUGUUCACGACGUUCAUAGUCUACUGGGGGAUGACAAUAUGCUUGACUGGAUAGCGGGGGAAGAUGAAACACCGGUUUUACCUCAAGAAGAACAGUGGUUAAAUAUUCUGGAAGAGGAGGCCGUUAAUAAUCAGAGCAUGUCCCUCUACCAUACAACUGGCAUGAUCCUGAAGUUCAAAUCCCAUACGAAAGGUUACAGGUGA